AUGGUGAAGCGAAUUGAGAGCAAGUUUGCUUUUCAGGAAGCCUUGGAGGCUGCAAGUGAUAAACUUGUCAUAGUUGACUUCUCAGCCACGUGGUGUGGGCCUUGCAAAAAGAUCAAGCUUUUCUUUCAUUCCCUCUCUGAAAAGUAUUCCAACAUGGUAUUCUUUGAAGUACAUGUGGCUGACUGUCAGGAUGUUGCUUCAGAAUGUGAAGUCAAAUGCAUGCCAACCUUCCAGUUUUUGUUUUUUUUUAAGGGACAAAAGGUGGGUGAAUUUUCUGCAGCUAAUAAGGAAAAGCUUGAAGCCACCAUUAAUGAAUUAGUCUAAUCAUGUUUUCUGAAAACAUAACCAGCCAUUGGCUAUUUAA